GGCGCAGAUCACCUGAAUUCCUGAAACAAUAUCACACGUAAUGUUUAUAUGGGGAAGGUGUUUACCGUAAACCUGUAUCUCUCGUCUCUUCCUUGUCUCCCAGUGUGAACAUACAGUAUAGAGAAGAGAAAGAAUGACACACGGAGCUCAAACGUGAAGGAACUGAUACAACAGGCUCUGAUCCAGGUUUGAAAAUUAAUCUCCUGACUUUCUCUGUUUGAGACUGAAAUGGAACCCAAUGUGUAUUUCAUCACAGUUAUCAACAACUAUGAGCAGCCGACCCAGCCUGUUUAUGAUGUGAUACCCGGUCACAAAAAAGAGCAGCCGGCACCCCCACCCUAUAGCACCCAUGUACAUUCUCUGCAGGUUGCAGAAACGCCUCCACCAUUUCGCUGGAGUCUCAGAAAGAAGAUUUUAAUUCCCAUUGGGACUAUUUCCGUCAUAGCGGUGCUAAUUCUGAUUCCAGUACUUACUGUGUAUUUUGUCUAUAGGUCAUACGGUUCAUACGGUUCAUAUUACACUGACUGCUAUUAUGGAGAAUAUGGAACAAAUUGCCCCACAAGCUGCCGAAUGUACUGCAACUCCAGUAACUGGUGCAUCCGUGAUUACCAGAUAUGUAAUGGUGUACAAGACUGCCCUUAUGGAGAGGAUGAAAGAAAUUGCGUGAGAUUAUAUGGAGCAGACUUCCAACUGCAGGUCUAUUCUACAUUAAAGUCAGCAUGGCUGCCCGUGUGUGCUGAUGAUUGGAAUGAUGACUUUGGAAGGUUUGCCUGCCAGGACUUUGGAUACAACAGGAGCAGCUAUAACAGAUAUGAAACUUUGGAGUCCUCAUAUGCCCCUCGUGGGUAUUUCAAGUUAUACUAUGGAGACUGGAGAAGCAAAUUCUACGCAAGUGUUCAAUACAGUUAUUUCUGUUAUACAGGAAAUGUGGUCUCCUUACAUUGUAUAAGGUGUGGUGUGUCUAAUAAUAAUGUGUCCAGCCCAGUAGUAGGAGGAACUAAUACUUCCUUAGGAAACUGGCCAUGGCAAGUCAGUCUACGGCAGAAAACAGGAGCUUUCUGUGGUGGCUCCAUCAUUUCUCCCAAGUGGAUAGUGACUGCAGCACAAUGUGUAUAUGGGUCUUACUCAAAUGCUUCUGGAUGGAAGGUUUUCACUGGGACAUUGACCUCACCCAAUUACAACGACACCAAGGGCUAUUCCGUGGAAAGAAUAAUUGCGCACCCUGGAUAUAAUUCUAUCACUUAUGAUAAUGAUAUCGCCCUAAUGAAACUAACAGAUGAAAUAACAUUUGGCUAUGACACUCAGCCGGUGUGCUUACCCAAUUCUGGAAUGUCAUGGGAGGCUGGAACAACAUUUUGGUUAUCUGGUUGGGGUACGACUUCUCAAGGAGGUAACGUUUCUGCCUAUCUGCAGUAUGCUGCCGUUCCACUGAUUGAUUCGAAUGUGUGCAAUCAAUAUGAUAUGUACAAUGGGAGCAUUACAUCUUCUAUGAUAUGUGCUGGUUACCUUAAUGGGAGCAUAGAUACGUGCCAGGGGGACAGCGGAGGACCUUUAGUAACCAAAAGAAAUGGCACUUGGUGGCUUGUUGGUGACACCAGCUGGGGAGAUGGCUGUGCCCGAGCCUAUAAACCAGGUGUAUAUGGGAAUAUGACAACGUUCUUGGAAUGGAUAUAUUUACAGAUGCGGAUUUACGUUUGAUUAUUGGUCCUCAUUAUCCUUUUCUGAUGAUUAAAUGCAGCGCCUAUGAUAAUGAGAGAACACAGCCAAUGAUUUAUCACGGUGUGCUGUCACAGAACUUGGUAUUUGGAAAUCAAAAAUUUCUAUAUUCCCAUCAACCAUGCUUCAUCCCAAUAUGCCCAGAUACUCCCUUAUUGGCCUGAAAACCCACACCUUUUUUGCCGAGUUUUUAGACAAUGUAGGCUCUAAACUGUGAGAAAAAGACUACAAUGAUCUGUGCUUUGAAAAAUAUAAAGGUUUUUUUUUUUCAAAAACAAA